GUUGUUUUAUGUUUUGUGUUUUGUUGAUUUGCGAUUUGAUUUGUUGAUGAAUGUGGAACAGGAUUAACAGCAAUAAAAUAUAAAAUUGUAUAUUGUUGUAUCUCGAAAUUGGUGAAAUGCUAUUAUCCUUUAUGAAAUGAAGAUUCACGCGAGUUUGAUAAAAUUUUACAAGAUGUAUAAUCACUCUUGAUUGAUCAUUCAUUGAUGAUUCAGUCAUCAUUCUUGAGGCAACUGAAUUUGUAGGUUGGUUUUGAUGUGCACACUGCACACCUAGGGAAUCUGAAAUAAAGAGCUAAAGGGAUACUUCAAAAAUGUCUAAAAGACACUCAGAAGAGAGUUCCAGUGGAGGGCAACCUCCUAUCAAAAAGAUCCAUUUUGAACCACAUCUAAUUGGACCAGUUUCUACAUUGGAAGAAAUGGAUAUAAAAGUAUUGCAGUUUCAAAAUAAGAAACUAGCUCAGAGAAUUGAACAAAGAUGCAGAACUGAGCAGGAGCUACGUCAAAGAAUUGAACAGUUAGAGAAAAGGCAAACUCAAGAUGAUGCUAUGCUCAAUGUAGUCAACAGAUAUUGGAAUCAGCUGAAUGAAGACAUUCGCAUAUUGUUACAAAGAUUUGAUGCAGAGACUGCUGAUGAAUCAGAAACUAAAAAUGAAAAUGAGGCAACAACUUCAUUUUUGAUGCAGUUGUCAACUUGGGAUAAGGAUGAACUCAAUGAUAAGUUGGCUAAUAGAGUACAAGUGUCAAGAAGAGCUGUUGCAAAAGUCAUUCAAGCUUUUGAUAGAUUAAUGCAAAGAAAUGAGAAAAUCACAUUAGCUCUGAAAGGAGAACUAGAAGGCCAGGAUGCACCGUCAGUCGACGAAAUCAUCCGACAAACCAACAUCCAACUCCAGGCCGAGAACAGAAACCUGCAAGCUUUGCACACGACGUUACACGAGAAAUACCACACCAACAGCUUGAAGGUGACCGAGCUGCAGGACUCGGUGACGGCCAAAGAGACGGAAACGGCCGAGCUGAAGAACCAAAUCGACGAUUUGCAGUACGAGCUGGAAAAAGUUCGCAACCGGAAUGACAAGCUCGAGACGCAUCUGGCCGAGGCUGUGGAGAAGCUGAAAGCUUACCAUCAGCUUCACGGGGAUCAGCAGGACUGUGCUGGCAAGGAGCAAAAGCCUCAGCAAGCGCCUCAGACAAACGUGUCUCAGGUGAAAUUGGAAGAUCUCAUGAAAGAGAUCGAAGAGUGGAAAGAGAUGGCCAAUAACAGACUACAGGAAUUGGACAAGUUACAUCAGACUCAUAGGGAGACUCUGAAGGAGGUUGAGAAGUUGAAAAUGGAUAUUCGUCAAUUACCUGAGAGUGUUAUUGUCGAAACCACUGAAUAUAAAUGCCUACAGUCCCAGUUCUCAGUACUAUACAAUGAAUCUAUGCAGUUGAAAACACAGUUGGAUGAGGCUCGUCAGCAAGUACAAACAAGCAAGAACUCUCAUCUGAGAAAUAUAGAAAUGAUGGAGGGAGAGGAACUCAUCGCACAAAAGAAAUUGAGGCAAGAGGUUAUGCAAUUGGAAGAUUUCCUCGCCCAACUGAGAAAGGAAUACGAAAUGUUGAGGAUAGAGUUUGAACAGAAUUUGGCGGCUAACGAGCAAACUGGUCCGAUUAACAGAGAGAUGAGGCACCUGAUCACCUCUUUGCAAAACAACACCCAACAACUGAAGGGAGAAGUGCACAGAUACAAGAGGAAAUAUAAGGAGGCUAACGGAGAAAUACCCAAAUUGAGGAAGGAAAUUGAGGAGAUUCAGGCGAAACUGAACCAAGCUCAGGGAGCCAACCAGGAUCAGAAAGAACAGAUCAAGAAAGAAGAAAUCAAAGAAGAAGAUACGUCCAACAGUGAUGGGGCACAAGUUAAGGAAGAACCUAAUUUGACAGUGAAAAAAGAAGAAGAUGACUCUGAGCAAACGGAAGACGGAGAAGGAAACAAGGACCAAGCGUCGGCUUCCGGUUCACCUUCUGCCAAAAAGGAGGGGGUGAAACAAGAGAAGACCGUCGUCAAGAAAGAGGGCGCUGUUAAAGUGGAGAAGGAACAUCGUGACGCCAUGCGGGGCAAAGAAGCGAAAAUAGCAGAAAGCGAAAUAGUUCGAGAUCUGAAGAAUCAGUUGAAGAAAGCACUCAACGAACAGAAAGAAAUGAAAUUACUCUUGGACAUGUACAAAGGUGUUAGCAAAGAACAGAGAGAUAAAGUGCAGAUGAUGGCUGCAGAGAAAAAACUUCGCACCGAUGUAGAAGAACUCAGACAGACGUUGAAAAAAAUGCAGGAGAACAAGAGGGACGACAAGAGAAAGCUGGCGGAAGACGAGGCGCUGAAGAAGAUCAAGCAGCUUGAGGAGCAGAAGUACGAGCUGCAGAAGCAGGUGGCCAGUCACAAGCCCACUGACGGCAGCUGGGGCGGAGGGCAUGCUGCUUUGCACCAGAUGCGACCGUUCGUGGGGUCGCACGAGGAGGAGGCGCUGCUCAACGAGAUGGAGGUCACCGGUCAAGCUUUCGAGGAUAUGCAGGAACAAAACUCCCGGCUGAUCCAGCAGCUCCGCGAAAAGGACGACGCCAACUUCAAACUCAUGUCGGAGCGCAUCAAGUCCAACCAGCUGCACAAGCUGGCCAGAGAGGAGAAAGACGUGCUCAAGGAGCAAGUCGGCACGCUGACCGCCCAAGUCGACUCGGCCAACCUGGUGGUGCGGAAGCUAGAGGAGAAGGAGCGGAUCUUGCAGAACACUCUCUCCACGGUAGAGAAGGAGCUUGCGCUGCGGCAGCAGGCGAUGGAGAUGCACAAGCGGAAAGCGAUCGAGUCGGCUCAGUCGGCAGCCGAUCUCAAACUCCAUUUGGAAAAAUACCACUCUCAAAUGAAGGAGGCACAGCAAGUGGUCGCCGAAAAGACCAGCUCCUUGGAAGCGGAAGCCUACAAAACGAAACGCCUCCAAGAAGAGAUAGCGCAGCUGAAGCGCAAGGCCGAGCGCAUGAAGAAAAUGGAAAUGGCCGGCACGACCUUGGACGAAGUCAUGAUGGAGGAAAUCAGAGAGUACAAGGAAACUCUCACUUGUCCCUCGUGCAAGGUCAAAAGAAAGGACGCCGUGCUGUCCAAGUGCUUCCACGUUUUCUGCUACGACUGUCUCAAGACUCGGUACGAGACCAGGCAGAGGAAGUGUCCCAAGUGUAAUUGCGCGUUCGGUGCCAAUGAUUAUCACCGUCUGUUUUUGUCUAAUUGAUGGGCGAAGCGAGGUUCAGUAAGUUAUUGUCUGUUUUUUGAUUGGUUUGCUUUUUUAUUGGAAGCGUGAAUAGUACGAUUAUAGGUUUAUGUAUCAUGUUUGGCUAUGAUUUGUUUCAUUCUCUU